AUCAUUCUACCAAUCGGAUUCAAUUCGGUGACCACCUUCAAAACAAAAUAAUAUGGCUGGUAUUACGCAUAACGGAAAGUUAACCGGGAUGCGUUAAUAAAAUUUGAUAGCGAUCAAAAUCAUUUGAUCUUUCUUAGUGACAUGAUUAUUGUGCUCUUCUAUGUGAUCUAUUUCUUUGGCAAGUUUAUAUAUCAAAAUUAUCGAAGCAAAAGACGAGAAACAAUGGAUACUGAUACGGUUAACGCGGAGCCAGAACUCAACAUUACUGAAGAAGAUCGUAGAAUGAUAGAUCCUGAGGCACCUCAGAGUUUUGAAGAAAAUAUCAAAUUUUUCCCGCCGGCGUACAUCCAGAGAUAUGCUGCUGUUGCCGAUGUACUUAAUAGUGACAGAUAUCGAGGAAAAUUACGCAAGAUCGUUGACUUUGGAUGUGCAGAACUUGGUUUUUUAACACACCUAAAAAAUACAAUUGGCAUACAAGAAAUAUUAUGCGUGGAUAUUAAUAGAUCGCUUUUAGAAGCUUAUAAAAAUAGAGGUGCUCCCUUAGUAUCUGAAUAUUUACAUAGAAGAACCGCACCUUUUGUAAUUGAGAUAGACGAAGGUUGCAUUACUCAAAAUGACAAUAAGCUAAAAAACACAGAUGCUGUAAUCUGCAUAGAAUUGAUCGAGCAUUUGUAUCCAGAUACUUUAAUAAAUUUACCUUACAAUAUUUUUGGGUAUAUCAGACCGUUAUUGGUAGUGAUAACAACUCCAAAUGCAGAUUUUAAUGCAUUAUUCCCAAACUUUUCUGGGUUUAGACAUCCUGAUCAUAAAUUUGAAUGGACCAGACAACAAUUUCAAGAUUGGGCUGAAAAUAUUAUUUUAAGAUACCCCAGUUAUUUAGUAACAUUUCAUGGGAUUUGUAAAGGCCCCGAAGGCUCAGAACAUUUAGGAUGUUGUACUCAAAUGGCUGUUUUUCAUCGCGUCUAUGAGAAGGAAGAAGUGUAUAGCUCUGGAAUUGAAAAUUUAUUUAAAGUUGUAGCUAGAUACGAAUACCCGUUUCAAAUAGAUAAUCGCUCAGACGAAGAGAAGAUCGUUGACGAAGCAUCGUACUACAUUAGACAUUUAUCGUAUCAAGACGAUAUGGAAGAAGAAGUUCCAUUAAAACUAAUAUUAAAAAUGUUACGUACAUUUCCAAUUUCUAUGGAUGAAUUGGAAACAAUUUUAGGGGACGCUGGCUGGACAGUUGAAGAGCGUGAAGAUGGUCCUGUUGUCUUAGUACCACCACCUUCUACGUAUUCUGAUACUACAGUAGAUGGGCCUCUUUGGAGUAAUGACAUGUAUGCUUCAGAGGAAGAUGAAUGGAACAUGGAAACCGAAUCGCCUAUAAAUUACAGCAGGCAGGAAACGGACAAUGAAGAGUGGAACCCAGAAUCAAGUAUCGUUAUACCUGUUAUGCCACAAAGUAAUUCUAUGAUUGAAGACAAUACCUAUCAUGACGAAACGGAUGUUUUAUUCAGUGCUGAAUUUGAAACGACAAGAAGUGCCGAAAUUCCUGAUAAAUACAAUGAAAUUAACAACGAAGGAAAUAUAGAUUCGAUACUUGGCACAGAUAAUUUCAAUAAAUCAUUCGACAAUAAUGAUCCGUUGUACUUAAAUGAAUCAACAGAAUUAUCUGAUUCUUCUGUAACAAAAAAACUUAAAAGUUUGUAUAUAACAUCGGACACACAAGAUGAUGCUAUAUCAGAUACUGCGCAAAAACUUAAUUGUACGUUAGAUCUAGUUUACAUGUCGCUUUCACGGGCCUCUACUUCGCCUGAGCCAUAUCUUUUACACGCUGUUAAGAUGGACCAACAAUUAACAAACGAUAGUAUAUGUAAUCAAAGCAUGAAUGAUCAUUGGAUGUUAAACAAUUCGCUCCAACAGGAAAAUAUAUCAAUUAACACCAUUGCAGAUGUAAAUGAUGAAGAAAGCAAGAAAUCGUCAUUAAAAUAUGAUCUUGAUGGACAUGAUCACUUAAACGAUAUUUAUUCAAAUACAUUAUAUAAAGAAGAUAAAGAUUCUGACAUUGAUACUAACACAGCAGCAAGUAUGAACCCUAUUGAUCAAAAUCAAAUGCAAAGUAUCCAACAGAGUAGUAAUGUCUUGGAGCAUAAUUGUCAUCUAAAAAAUCAAUUACAAUCAGACAAUAGUAUAGUUUCUGCUAAUAAUAUUGUAAUAGACAAUCAACCACAGUUUACAAGUUCACCAAAAGUGGAAACUAGAGCAAGUAGCGUGGGUAAAAAACGAAGAUCUCUUGAUUACAAGGAGGAGGAGAAUAAUACUAAUUCGUUAAAUAUAUCACAGAAAUCUCAGUUCACAAGCCGUAGUAGUAAUAAUGGUAGAAAUGAGGUACUUUUACAAGGCAAUAUUGAUACAGAUAUAACUGCUAUGUCAGGCAUUAAACCAAAUACAAUAGAAGAAAGGUAUAGUAAACAAGAUACUUCUAUGUAUCAGAAUGAUAUGAAAGUAAAAAGUGGGAAUGAGUUAAUAAAGAACUUUGAUCAAGAUACACUUAAUAGUAGCGAUAUAGCAACAAUAUGUCCUACAUUAGAUGAUGAUAAACAAACAAUAGAAGAAUUGCCUGAAACGAAUUCUUUAAGUGAUAACAAUGACACGAAAAAUAAUGAAACAUUACAAAGGGAAAUUACAGAUCCUUGCGCUACAGAAAAGUUAGUAAAGGAAGAAAAUGAGCUUCCUGCAAUAAAUACCAAUAACAUACAAUCAGUAAAUUGUGAUACGAAAAUUCAAUUGACGAAAAAUUCAAUUGAUGAAAAGACUGAUCUAAAAUCUGAAUUACAUAAUGAUCAUGAUUUAAGGAGCGUUGCUACCGAAAUGUUUUGUAAUGAUGCCAAAGAUACAAGAGAUAUUGAAUCCACAUCAGUAUUAAAAAAUGAGAAACAAGAUGAAUGUAACGUAGAGAAUCGCGUAUUGAAACCUUCUCCAGAAACUGUGGAAACACCUUCAAAUAGUUGGUCUCCGGAAGUAAUAGAUUCCGGAUAUCCAAACACCGUUUCCGCUCAGGAUAUGACACCGGAAUACGCUCAAUCAUGUAUAGCGCAAGGUCAUGUAUCCGAUUCUGAAUCUCCAAGUAUAGUAGAAGUUCUAAGACCCGAAAUUCUCGAUGAGAUCGAAGUUGAAAACGGUGAUCUUGCAAAUAAUAACAGAGAUGAUGAAGGUAAUAAUAUGAUUGCUGCAGAAUUAAACGAGCUGGAAGACUUACAACCCUUCAUUGAAGUACUGGAAAAUGAUAUUGAAAACGAGAAUGAUAUUUAUGGUAUAGAGAAUGACUUCCCUAUAUGGUUGCUAGGAUUAUUAAAUAUGGCCAACCCAAUUGAUGUGGACAUAGACAUGCAGAAUAACGGGGAAUUGAUGUUUCCAAACAGAGCAGCAGGUGACAAUCCAAGAUACGUAAAUGUGGAACGCGAUGAAGGUUUUGAUAAUAGUUCUGAAGAGAAUAGUGAUUUAGAAAAUAAUGAAAUGUAAAUGAUGUCAAUGAAAAUGCGCUAAUGAAUAAUGUCGAAGACGAUAAUGAAAAUGCGUUAAUGAAUAAUGUCGAAAACGAUAAUGAAAAUGCGCUAAUGAAUAAUGUUGAAAACGAUAAUGAAAAUGCGCUAAUGAAUAAUGAAUAAUGCUUCUAACCGAAAUAGUGAAAAUGAACAAUGGGUUAUAAUUACAGGUAAUACGCGAUAUUGUUGAAAUAAUAAUAUAGAUGAUUUCACAUAUUACCCUACCGUAUGUUUGCAAGGUCCCAAGAUAAAAAUUUAAAGGUAAUUAUUUUUGAACAGUACAUACAUUUGUAUACUCUGAACGUUCACUUAUGUUCCUCUUUUUUUCUUUUAAGUGUAAAUAUAUCUUAAAAUAUUGUAAAAUUCAUAAAAAUCUUUCAAGGAGCUUGUUACGAAAGUUUCUUUUUCUUUCUUUUAUAUAUAUGUAUAAUAUAAGAGAUAAAUUUUUUUUAUUGUUUUUUUUUUCUUUUUUUAUCGCAUAGAAACAUUCGUGAUACACUGGUUUUUUCAUUUAAUCUAUCGAGAAAUCAAUGUUCUUGUAAGUAAGCGUAACACAGUAUUUCAGUAUCAAUACAUCUGUAUGCGAUUGUAUACUAGUAAUAACAUUUGCUUGUUACUACUUGAAACAUUAAGAUGUCGAAUUUAAAAAAGAUAUAUAUUUUCUUACGAUUUUCAAGACUUCUCGUCAUAUUGUUUUUAAGUACGUAAAUAAGAUUUGUGAUGCGCUAUUUUAUCUAGAUAUGCUUUAUGAAAGUUUAUCAAUAUGUUACAUUUCUGUCUACUCGCAUUUAUUUAAUAAAAUGCCUCGUUAAUUUAUAACAAUGUUUCUUGAUAAUAUAUAUGUUGAAAUCUAUCUAAGACUGAAAUGGCAUUUCUAUUUUAAACAAAUAAAACAUAUCACAUAUCCUCUAAUAACUUUUCUCAAUACAUUAUUAUAUUAUUUAAGAACCAGUACUACUAGUUGAUAUUAAUGGCAUAAGACACUUAAGAAAUAGACAGAUGAUAUCUUUCUUUAUUUCAGUAAAAGUGGAAUGACAUUACAAGGUGUACAGUGAUACAUAUGUAGUAACCUAAAAUCUUUACAUGACUUGUUAGUAAUUUAUCUUUAUAUAUAUUGUUUUUUAGUAUUUACAGAAAGUACAUCUUUUGUUUCAUACAUCAGAUGUAGGAUUAUUGUUAGCUAUUGUACGAAUUUCUAAAGUGAUCAUAAUCUUCGCUUCGAUCGUGUAUAUGAUACGUAGUAAAUGUUACGUUAACAAUAAUGCAGUUAAAUUAUCGUCAACUGGGAAAGAAGCAAAACAAAAAUAAUCAUUACCAAUCUCUUCUAUAAACUGUACGAUGCAAGAUAACGGCGCGAUAUUUAAUUUAGUUCUUGGUAUUCUAAAUUGAUAACUCACAGUACAAGGAGUACAAAAUAAAUUAAUCAGUAAUUCCAUCAAAUGAAUGGCACUAAUUAAUACACACACAUACACACAUUCACACAAAGCUAGAUUUACACUCUAAAAUAUCUUUUCAAACAUUCUUGAAUAUUUACUCGGUCUUAUUGUUCACGUAACAGAAAUGUUUAUUACACAUUUGGUUAAAUUCUAACUUCAAGUAGUGCCUUGACAUAAUUUAUGGCCUUAGAUCUAAUUUAUGUAGAUUCUGUCAAAGCAAAAGACAAAUGAUAAUUAAUAUACGUUUAAGCAUCGCACGCCCGUACAUGUCAUUUACUGAUUGCGAAUUAAUGAAAUUUUCAAAAAAAAAAAGGAGAAAAUGAAAAAAAAAGAGAAAAAAAGGAGAUUAAGGUAAACGAAAAAAAUAUUUUGCAUUGUAAAAGACUAUAAUAUCUAGUCUUAUAUUAAGUUAUUUUGUUCAGCUGCCAAUGUACCUGCAAAAUGUUGCAGUAUUGUUUACGUGAUUAUUAAUAGCAUCAGCAGACAAUAAAUUGCAUAUAAAAAUUAAACAAUGUGAAAUGUUUCUCUUUCAUAUAAUUUACGUUACUCGUUACGAUCUAAAAUUAGUUGUAAGACGCAUACAUCAAUAAGUGUCAUACAUAUUCUUUAAUCAAUAGCCCUAGACAUACCGAUUAAAAUAAAAGUUUGAUAAAAAAAAAAA